CUGCGCAUGCGCCCUGGCAGUAUCAGUUGAAGAAGAAGAAGCCAACAUGGAGGUGUUUGUGACUUCUCCGAGCUUUAGGUUCUGUAACUGGAUGUUUCCGGACGGGUCUCUGGUCCGAGACGUUCUGACCCGGUUCGUCCAGCAGCGGGGAGUGUGUUCUCUGGAGGAUUUCUACGUCAUCAGAAAUGGUCGCCUGUCUGAGCCUGAGGAUGUUCUGCAACGUGGAGCCGUCUAUCACCUGGAGCCCCGCCUCUGUGGGGGGAAAGGAGGGUUCGGCUCCAUGCUGAGAGCUCUGGGUGCUCAGAUCGAGAAGACGACAAACCGCGAGGCGUGCAGAGAUCUGAGCGGCCGCCGCCUCCGAGACGUCAACCACGAGAAAGAGAUGGCUGAGUGGCUGAAGAAGCAGACGGAGCGCGAGGCGGAGAAGGAGCAGCGCCGCCUGGAGCGGCUGCAGAGGAAGCUGGCCGAGCCGCGGCACAACUUCACCGACACAGAGUACCAGAGGCAGUGCCACGACCUGUCAGAGCGCCUCGAGGACUCGGUCAUCAAAGGUCUGCAGGCGUCCUCCAGCAGUCAGGUGAAGGUGGACGACGUCUCACCGUCAAAGAGACCGAGCAGCGAUCACAGCGAGCAGCCGCAACCAAAGAAGAAGAAGGCAGCCGCCUCAGCAGCCUGUUACUGGACGGGCGUGGGCGACAUGCUGAGCUCAGAGGACGAUGAAGAAGAUGAAGAAGAUUCCUCCUCUUCCUCCACCUGUGGAGCUGCUGCUGCUGUUACCAUGACGACACGCACAGAGGAGGCGGAGCCGAGCAGCAGCUCGUCUGCUGCCUCUGACUGCAGUCCGUCCUCAGAGACCAGCAGAGACCCCAAAGCUCCGGAAACUUCCAGACCUGGAGAGACUGGUAGACCUGGAGAGACUGGUAGACCUGGAGAGACUGGUAGACCUGGAGAGACUGGUAGACCUGGAGAGACUGGUAGACCUGCAGAGACUGGUAGACCUGCAGAGACCACGAGACCAGCAGAGGAGUCCGGCUCUUCAUCUCCACAGCAGGGUGGCCCUGCGGUGGACGUGUCCUCUCUGUCCUCGGUGGAGCAGCUGGAGUCUCUGGGUCUCAGCGUCCUGAAGGAGGAACUGAUGUCCCGAGGGUUGAAGUGCGGGGGAACGCUGACUGAGCGCGCCGCGCGCCUCUUCUCUGUCAGAGGACUCACUCCAGAUCAGAUCGACCCGGCCCUGCUCGCCAAACCCGCCAAGACCAACAGGAAGUGAACUCAUGAAGACUCUGACGUCUCUCCGACUCUUUAUUUUUAUUCCCCCCGCUGAGAGGGAGCAGCGUGUCGUAUUCAGUCCGACUGUAACCAAACAUUAUCAAUAAAUCAGAUUCUUUGCUGGUUUGUGAAUUUGUCCAAUUAGAAGGCAGCAUUUUCCAAAUAUUGUUUGAUAUUUCUGUCUGUACGGGACUUCUGUUUCCAGAAGUUAAACUGUCAGAUAUCAAGUUUGAUGUUUUUAUUAAAAAUGUUUCUGAAACAUAAA